AUGCGAAAAACAAGAGCAAAUACAACGCAUGACUGUUUUACAGAUGAUCAGACAUUGGACAGAACUUCUAGUGAACUGUAUCAAGCAUGUUCAAAUAAUGAUAUUAUGAAAGUUAAACGAUAUACUGAAAAACUCUCUAUUGAUGAUAUUAAUCGACCAGAAAAAAAUGGAAACACGGCAUUACAUAUAGCUACACUCAAGGGAUAUACAGAAAUUAUUAAACUACUUUUAAAACGAAAUCCAUGUAGAUCAAUAAAAAAUAUUUAUAAUUAUCGACCGUAUCAGUUAGCGACCACGGAUGAAAUUCGUCAUUUAUAUAAACGUGCAAAUUGUUUUCCGCGAUUCACAUACAAGAGUGGGUGUUUACCAUUAUAUCAAAAAGAAAAUAAAUCAAGAAAAAAGUUUUCUAUUAAACAUUAUUUGAAUCAAUAUAGCGCUGGUUGUUCGCUGUGUGACAAUGAUGAUCCUUGUGAAUGGGAAAUUGUUGAUGAAAAUGCCGCCGAAAAAGCUGCACGAUUUCGUAAAGAAUCGAAACAUUCUCUAUUUUUUGGCCACAAUGUUGGACGUGAUUUAAAAAAUAGACUUUAUUCCAUUAAAAAAGGCUAUUUAGACUCGAGAUUACGCGAUAUGCCACUGAAUGAUAGUAUCAAAUAUUAUUUUAGAAAAGCAAGUGAUGAACAAGAUCCAUGUUAUGUUAUUAAAGCUUACACAUCAGCAUGUAAUUUCUAUAGUUAUGUCAAUGGUGAUAUGGCUCGAAAUGUCAUUCAUGAUUUGAAGCAAGGCUGUUCAAAGUUCUUUUGUACUCGUUUGUAUUCGGCUCAAGAUGGUGUAAUGUCCAUAACAUCAAUAUUACUCCAUCAUCCCUAUUUUGAACCGUACAGUUUUAUUGGCGAAGUGUAUCGUGGAAUGGUUGUUAAGAAAACAAGUCUUGCUCAUUAUCGAUGUGGUAUUCGUAUUGUUAAUACAACAUUUUUGUCAACAUCGAAGACAGAAGAUGUAGCUGAAUUUUUUAAUGAAUUAGAAAAUGAUUCACACAAUGAGGUAUCUGUAUUUUGUACAUAUAAAAUUAAAAAUAAUCGAACAGCAUUGGAUAUUAGUGGCAUGUCUGAAAUACCAGAUGAACAAGAGGUACUCAUAUUACCGUUCGCCGCUUUUGAAAUCAUGAGCAUAGCACGAGAUAAAUGCGGAAGAACGGAAAUAUGUUUAGAAGAAUGUGAUCCCCCAGAAGAAAAUGACAGCAGUGUUGAAUUAGCAGCACCACUCCAAUAUUUUACCAGACAUCAUUUUCUACCGAAAGAAGGUUUGCGAAAAAGAACAUCAUUUUAA